AUGAUUGCGCUCCGGCAUCGCUGUGUGUUGGGACUUCAGAGGAGGAUUCCCAGUUACCGUUUUUUUUCUGGAGCAGUGAGCCAUGAUCUGGAAUUCACUAUUGCACCGUAUGUUGAUGUGCCAGCCCUUGGCUUCCAGAAGUCAGACAAAUUCUGCAUGCUCACACUGAAGUAUCCUGGCUUCCAGGGUCUCCCAGAGGAGCAACGUCAUGCAAUGUAUGAGCAGAAGAGGCUGCGAAGAGCUCAAUUCGUGGGAGAGCUCUUCGAUUUCUACGAUGUAAACAAGUCUGGCUAUCUCUGCAAGGACGAGCUUCAAGGUGUUUUGAAAGAUAUUGGAUUGGCUUUCGAUGACGGAAGCGUCCAGGGUAUGCUGCAGAGGAAGGACAAAGAUGGUUCAGGCAACAUUUCCAAAACGGAAUUUCCAGAGGUGGUGAGGGAGGCUUGGGGGCAAAUUCCGACCAUGGUUUUCAGCGACAAGCUUGGUGAUCUGUACCCAGGUCAACCACCACUGGAUGGUGAUCGUGUGGUCAUGUUUCUUGGGCGGACUUCGCCUGCUGGCUGGGCACUUCGAUCAGUGCGGAAUCUCUGUCCUUAUGCGUUGCGGGGCUGCCAGAUUUUGCAAAACGUGUGCAACAACCCAGAGAUGAACCCAGAGUACAUGGAAGAGUGGAUGGUGGACCACCAUGGAGGUCCUGUCAAAGACGUGGAAGGUGUCGCUGCAGCAGCAGCAGAGCACCCACCAACAGAAGCUGGAGGUCUCAUGGUCCGUUUGGAUGCAGUUGAUCCACCAGGUGAUGGUCGCAGCACCAUCUUUGUUCCGCUGAGAGGCCUCUCUUUAAAGAAGAAAGGUGGUCUUCUUUCUUUUCUGGGCUUCUGA